AUGAUGAAGUGGUGCGACGACGGCGGAGUUGCCGGAGCGGCGAAGACGCUGCUGCUGCCGCUGAAGCCGCAGUUGAUGCGGUGGCAGAAACAGUUGGCAGUGUCGCCGGCCAAGACGCAGGUCCGCGAGCCCGAGGUGAUCAACGUGUGGGAGCUCAUGGACGGCCUCGAUGACAAGGACGAGGAGGGCGACGCCGACGGCGAGGAGCGGCUGGAGAAGUUGGCCCUAGGAUCGCCCGAGUUCGAUCCGGACGUCAUCACCGCGUUCCGGAAGGAGCUGGAUGAGAUACCCCCGCGGCCGGACGACCCCGGCAUCAAGGAGUGUAUGAAGAAGCCUGACGGCCUGGGCAGUGGCGGGGGCGGCGACGAGGUGGGCGUCAAGAAGCGCGAGAUACAGAGGUUCCCGGGCAUCGUGCGCGCUGGGCUCCACUGCGGGCAGCAGGAUCCCGCAGGUGUUCGCGGACGGCAGGCACCUGGGCAACGCCGUGGAGGUCCGCCGGAUGCACGAGGCCGGCAAGCUGUCGAAGGCGCUCGAGGCCUGCGAGAUGGCGCCCCCGCUGAGCUCCGGCGGCAAGGGCAUUGCCCUGGAGGCGUGCUCUAG